AUGGCCAACGAACCAAACCGCAACACCACCAACCCUCCGGCCCCAAUCUACCCAACCCAGCCCACCACUGUCAUCCUCCCAAGACCAGCAGACCUCCAACCAAUUCACACAGAGAAUCUCAUCCUCCAACCAUUCAAUUUAGACUCCGAACCAGCCCUAAACUCAGACGCAGCAAAGUUCUUUCUCUUCCGCUCAAGACCCGAUGUCGCAGCCUGGCUCCGAUCCAAAACCCCAGACUCCACGCCCUCGGAAACAAAAUCCUGGAUGAAAGCCAAAAUAUUCAACACGCCCGACGGCAGCGGCGCUAUAAACAGUCGGCAUUUCUUCUUCAGCAUCGUGCCCAAGUCCUCACCGGGGACUAUCAUCGGCGGGGUCGGAAUCAACUCACUCUCCCCUGCCCCUUCUGUUGGGUAUGCGCUGCAUCCGGACUUCUGGGGGAAGGGGUAUGCGACGGAGGCUGUAAGGGGGGUUGUUGAGGCGUGGUGGGGGCUACCUAGGGUUCCUGUCGAACAUACAAAUGGGGAUGGAAAUAGGAGGGGGGAGGAGAGGUUAUUUGCAGCAACUCAGCGUGAGAAUAUCGGGAGUCGCAAGGUGCUCAGUAAAGUUGGGUUUGAAGUCUACGAGUUUGCGGAGUACCAGGGGGCGACUAUUGCUGUUAUGUGUAUUAGUAAGAAGGGUCUAUACGAUCAGUCAUGA